AUGGCAGUCCCCGCAGCCUAUGAGGCCCACUAUGCCCCCUAUACUUCCAUUCGACAACCUGCAGCGUACCUCUUGCAACUUGCCAUCAAUUACUUACGUGUUGGCGAUGGCUUGCAGUUCAUUGAGGCUGCCCGGCAGCUUUUGCGCCAUGAUCCUGCGCUGGGUCGCGACCAACUCUUGCGAUUGAUUGCGCAGCCCGAUGCGAUUGCAUGCUUGUUUCGACCACAAGGCGUCAAAUCUUUGCCCCAUUUGCAAUGGCUGGGUCUUCAGCUUCUGGCCGGCACAAAAGAACCCGUCGAUGAGGGUGUCACCCCGCAUUUGCGCUUUGCCAUGCUGUUGCAAGAAAUGGCCACGCUCAUGUCGACCCAAGCUGUUCAGGAGGUAGAGCAGUAUUGGCGCCACUUACACGGAACCGACAAAGCCGAAAAGAAGCCGUUAGCAACACAGGCCAAGAACGAGCUCUGUGACCUCUUCAACCGUAAUUUUGAGCUCGCUAGCUUGGUCGCUACUGCCAUAGCCGGACCGCUGUUGAUUCAGGAAACGGCAACGCGCGGGGAGGAAGCCCUACGCACCCGGCUUCUGACGGCUCAGUUGAAUGCACUUGACGCCCAACUGGCCAGCACACCAGAGCAGAGCGUUCGUCGCUUGGCCUUGGUCGAAGCCACAGACACGGACACUGAUGAUUCUAUGGUCAACGCUCUGCACACCUUUCUCUCACAUGUUGCCAAUACCAUCAUUCAAGCCUGGAUCGAUCAACCCGAGCAAGCUCAAGCUGUGCUUGUGGAUCAGGUCUACAUGGCCUGCCUCAGCCACCACAACGCUUUUUUGCUUAAAAAGUGGCAGGGGCUGUUCUUGACCCGUCUAGCCAAAGCAACUCAGCAGUUGACGCCUGAGCAGACCUUGCAGUGGUUUACUCAGCCCGUGCUUCGCGAGCAAAUCAUGGCUGUCACUCGCUAUCAAGAGCGCUCCUGGUUUGAUGCUCUUUUACACGCACUGCGUGCUGCAGCGUCUGGCAUGCAGGCCGAUGACUUUGCCGCCAUUCUAGCCACGCACCAUUUGCGCGACGUGCUGCCGGUAGCUGCGCUCCAUUGCCUGGAUGCCCUGCCACCACUGGGUAAACAUGACCUGGCAGCCAUGCGCGGAGUGCUUAGCAUGUGGACUCCAACCAGCACAGAGGACGGGGUAGCAUUGCACACCUUUUUGACGGCCCUUCAGCAUCAGGUUGAGUUUGUUGGUUUUCUUCUAGCGGAACGGCGCCGUGCGCUCGAACACGGGGCAGCCCCGGCUAGUAAAGCCCCCACCCAACUUCUAACCCGGAUACAGUCCAGCCUGCUUGCCGAUGUCGAUGCAGUUCUGGGCUUUCGCGACCUCGAGCACUGUGCCCAGCUCUUGGUCUGGGAUCAUGUGCGCGAUGACAAGCUUCUGGCACAGCUGCGUCAGCGUCCCGUAGCAAAUAAGGCCGGCCAAGCGCGCCGUGACCAAGACGUGGCCAUAUUUCGCGCCGUGUCGGUGGUGCGCCACGCUCUUUACGCCGUUUUGGUUGGUGCCGGUUGGCGCUCACCACCCCCCCACAUCAAGCACGACUCGGAUUGGCAACACGUCAUUAUCUCGGCAGCCUUGAGCCGCCUACAUGAUUUGUUGGGCGACAUGGAAGACACUCCUCUCAAACUUGAAGUCUUGGAGCAACUAUAUGCUCUUCUUUUCCUUCAGCGAGCGCAUUUGCCCCAGGGUGCGCCGCCAGAAACAGACAGCCAUGAUUCUGCCUCGCCCUUUCUCAUCUCCGCCCUCGUGAUGGAGGACCUCUGUCCCAUGCUGCUGGCUGCUGCGACGGCCUUGCCCGUCUCAUACGAUCAGUGGCACGCUACCCUAGCUCUUUCAGUGUCUGCCGACAACUACGUCCGGCGACGCAAUGACCUCGAACAGCAGUUGCGCGAGUAUAAUUGGCGCUUUGAACUGCUUCAGAGCCGCGAAGCCUUUGCGCGACGCCCUGCGGAGCAGGUGCUGAGUAUGCCGGAGGCCAUUGCCGCCUCAUGCAUUCGCCAGCACCGCUUUGCAGACGCACUCAAGGUCGUAGGCCAGUAUGCCUUGAGUGGGGCCCUUGAACAGGAUGCGCGCUUGGGUGAGCCCAUUGAGCACAUUGCCAGUCGCCUGGGACGUGGUGCUUCUUUUGAGAGCGACCUGAGUGACCUUUUACGUGAGGUGACCUCCGACGUGGCCGUGACUAUCUGUUUAGACCUGGCUGCUACCGCUGCCAUGACUGCCGACGCCUGUCACACGCUUCUCAAGCGUGCCAGUGUCAUCAGUGAGAGCUCAACCGAAGUUCCUGCCCACAGCAAAUGGAUUGUGGCUCAACUCAUGGAAAUUUUUAGUGCCGGAAAGAUGCCCGUUGUUCAGCUGUUACGGAGCCAACCUGCACCGCUCGACGCCAGCGCCAAUCGCACUCGUCGUGGACUGACCGAUCAAUGUCAGAUUGCCCGUCAGGAUGCACUGGUUGCUCUGGACACCACUGCCGAAGCUACGGCCGAAGCUCGACAAAUCAGCGAAGAUCAGGUCUCUCUCAUGGGCCCGCUUGAGCGCAACGUUGACGAUGAACGUGGCAUCACUUCAGCUCUUGAGGAGCUGCGUGUCCAGUACGCGGCCCUGACACCCCACUCGUUUGUCAAUGCCUUCAUUUCCCAGGCCAACGCUCUGAACAGUUUGACACCCGAGAAUCCAGACACAAUCCGACUGCUUUCAAUCAGUCCUGCGCGACUUUUGCUGCAGAUGUUUUGCAGCGGCAAUGCCGACCUCGUGAGCGAGGCUGCGAUUGUAGCUCGCGCCGUGGAUUUACCCGUGCCUUGCCUCAUUCAAAAAGCGUUGUGCGUGGCCAUUCCUCUCACCACCACCGCUGCUGGCGCAGCCCCGAGCCUACGACCACCACCCCUCGUAACUUCAACCAGGGCCACGAUUCUAAACGCCGCAGAUGCGACGGCGGCAGUGACUCAAACCACCACGGCGACAGCGACGGCGGCGACGACCGUCCCAGCGGCCAAUGUCGGUCCCGUCUCAGAUUCUGGACGCAACGAUACCAAUCAAGAUAAGAUUGACGUUGUCUAUGAGCUGUUGGAAGAGUUCUUAUUCUUGGUGCGCCCCCACGUUGGAGCCCAGGGCAUGACCUCAGCGCUGCUGUUCAGUCGCAGCUUCUGUCAGCAAAUCAGCACAACGGCAGCCUUUCAACGCCUUCAUCAACGCACCGCACUCCUGCGUCAAGUUGACCUCGCUCUCCUGGAUCCCAACGACAAGGUCUGCGUUCUUGUGAACAUUUACAAUUUGCUACGUCUGCACGCUUGCCUGUUGCUCGGACCCCCGGAGGGCUGGGCAGUGCGAGAUCAGUGGAGUGCCAAGGUCCAGUAUGAACUCGGGUCAAAGCAUGUCGUAUCCUUGUUGCAACUGGAGCAACUGCUCUUGGGUGCGGGGACCAGUACCGGGCCAGAUUAUCUGCGUACAGAGCGCUUGCCCCGCAAUUUGGUGUUUAGUCUUUGGCAGGGUCACCUGGCUUCACCCGCCCCCGUGCCGUUGCAGUCCAACACCAUGACAGACGUUUUGCUGACAGCGCGCUCCUCAUUCUUGCGGCGCAGCGUCAAAGCCAAAGGGCGCCGGCGUUUGAUUCUGCCUCACUUUCUGCUGGAGCAUGCACGGCAUCUCUUGGACGCAACCGAUGUCGAUGAUCUGGAUGCUCAAACCGACAUUGCCCCACUGGCCGAGUAUUGUCGCCAACACCUGCCAGCGGGCUGUCGCCAGCAUCGACUGUUGACGGAUGACGGCGUGCAGCCCACCCUAGAGCUGGAAGAUAGUUUACUGCUACCGGGCAUGACGGUUAUACCUCCACAAGACCUUGAUGCCAAAGAUUUCGCCGGUGCUGAGCUUGGGCUGGACCAAGCACUUCACACGCGCGUUUUGCGCGAGCUGGCGGGCCAGACGACGCACGAUGCCGAUGACGUCAACUUCCCUAUCGAUCGCACCAUCAUUGAGCAGUCCUUGGCUUUGGUAGGCGAGGUUCAUCCGGCCCUGGCGUUAGUGUUGCGCCUCUUCGUCAAGGACAUUGAUGAAUACCAGGAUGGAGAUCAUUUGAUUGAGGCCUAUGAUGCUUAUCUGCAAUCACCCGCGCUGGUGGGGCUUAUGCCCUUGCAUCACUGGCUGGAAUUGCGAUACGCCAAACUACGUUUGGCGCGCAAGCAUUUGCGCAAGCCUUUCACGCAUGAGCACUUGGUCAUCCUCCUCACGCAUGAAGAUACUCCCGAGCGCCGCUUUCUCUCUCAUCGCCUGGUGGAGCGCAUGGUGCAGAGCAGCGACGAGCACCUUGCCGUCAUGUUGGUUGCUGAGGGCGUACUGCUUUGUGCCCCACUGGACGAUGCUGUCGUGGCUCGUGCCUACCGCAAGAGUACCAAUGAUUUAAGUCGCCUGCAUCUUCUAGGGUGUUUCUCGAGCGGACUGCUGGCCGCCCAACAUGCGCUAGAAACCUUUCGGACAGUGAGCGAUAGCUUGGUUAUUUCCUUCCUCAAAACUGCACGCUAUCAGAUGGACCGACAUGCAUCAGUGCCCUCGGCCUCGAGUCAAAAUAACUCGCCCGUCAGUGACGAGUCGAAAGCAGUGGCAGCGGAGCAGCCAGCACCAGAUUCCCGGUCCCAGUCUGAAGCGGAGGCUCUCGGGGCCCAACAAGAUGGCUCCGCGGUCACGGCCAAUGACCCGCACCACCCUGCCCCGGCCUUUGAUCGUACUCGGCGCGAGUUGGAUCGCGUGAUCGAGGACGUGAUGAUUUGCAUGCGUGUCAAGCAAGAAGCGUCAGACAAAUUCGAAACUUGGCAAGCUGUGUACGAUGCCACGCGGCAGCAACCUGACCAGGUCGUGCGGGCACUGGUUUGGGCACAGGCUUUUGAUUUGGCCCGCUCAUGGGCCCGUUUUCAUGGGCUGGAAGAGACAGACAUCGAUACCAACUACGUGGCGCUCCUGAUGAAAACGAAUGCCAUUUACGCAGCACAACGUAUUUUGGACCAACUUCCCCUUGGUGAUGCCUUGGGCAUCUGCAAGCGCUUGGUCUUGCUGCACGGUGAAGAUGAACUUGGAGCCCAGGCUUCGGCCGGUGUGGCCGUAACGCAGAGCAGCGGCGAGCGCUUUCUUUUGUCAUUUCUGCUGGAGCACGCGCAAUCGUUGACGCCGAAUGAGGUUGAGCGCUACCGGUCAAAAGCGGAUGGUAUUGACAUGUUGCAGCGACUACCAGACGACCUGCGGACGGCGCUGAUGCCUUUCUCUUACAAUCCAAGCCGCAUCAUCGAGGAUCUUUUGAUGCACGCCAAUGUGGAUGCCGCAGCGCAUUGCCUGGCUAGCCUGCCCACAAACAAGCAAACGGCCAUUCUCAAAUUGGAUGGGACCGAAUAUCUCACACCUGAAGAUCUUGGCCAGGGCCAGACGCGUUCUCGUUCCUCAACAGGCCGUAGUCAUCAUGCCCGGCCACUGACCAACGUGUACGGUUUGCCUACUGUUGCAGCCACAGACGGCACCAACAGUGCAGCCGCAGACGCCGCUGCCUUGCACGCCACGCUCCCGGCCUUGUAUGCCCGCAAGGCAUUGGAGCUCACGUCAGCUCACACACCGUCUCAAGGCAUUAUGGAGGGGGCCGACCGCGCUGAUCGGGACUCAUGGUCGAACACCAACGCAUAUCGUGCGCUUGUGGCCCAUGAUAUCCAAAGUCACGCCAUUCUUCGUCAAAACUUUCACUUUGAGGACGCCCCGAAUUCGUCACUAGCUCUGAGCAUGAUUGCCCUGAUGCCCGACCCAUUGCAGGCUGCCCACUGGUGCCUGAGCAUGAGCAGCGACUUGUCGAGCCACCUUAGCGACGCCGACGUUGACCCCUUUGUGGUCAUCAAUAGCAUUGAGCGACUUCUGUUGCACGCCAAAAUUCACUUUGCUGAAGCUGGAGACUCGCGCCACGUACAAAUGUGUGAGGCAUACAAAGGCUACUGUGAUCUACUGGAAGCCUUGUGUCGCCAUCCACAGGGGCGUCAGAGUCUUAUGUCGCUGCGCGAGCUCUCUCGCACCGAUCGCGCGAAGAAGCUGCGAGAUCGGCUGUGCGAAGGCAACCAAUACGAACUGGCCCUCGAGGUCUCGACGCGCUGUCAGGUCAGCACUAUGUUUCCUCGCAAGGACCAGACAGUCGUCAAGGCAGUUGUGUGUGUGUGUGUGUGUGUGUGUGUGUGUGUGUGUGUGUGUGUGUGUGUGUGUGUGUGUGUGUGUGUGUGUGUGUGUGUGUGUGUGUGUGUGUUUAUGUGCCACUCAGACACUUGGAUUUCUGCCAUUGUCAAGGCUAUUGAGGCGACGCCAACGCCUUCAUUGGACGACAUUGCCUUUCUGCACCACCAACUGCUAGAGCUCAAGGCUCUCCGGCCCCGCGAGCGGGCCCAACGCCUGGCGCGCGACGACAAGUAUGCCGUCAACGCGUUGCGCACGGGCAAAGUGAGCAUGGCGUCAACGUUGGAUAGCGAGCGCUUUUUUGAAGCGCUUUACUAUCUAGAGACAUACUCGACGCACGAUCGACUUUUAAGCUUCUUGAUCCGCCACGACAUGAUUGAGCUGGCGGUGAGCAAGACAAUGGAUCUCAAGGUGGACCAGGAGGUUUUUGUAAGCCGCGUAUUUAUGCCAUGCCUGCAUCGUGGUGUGGCCGAGGACCGCCUAUUUCCUGCACUCGAAGCUACCGAUCCUUACAUGGACGACUGGAAGGGCUACCUGACGGCGUGCUGCAUCUUUCUGCGCAAGCAAGGGUGCAAUCACACACUUUUGCGUGUGCAGCAAUUCUUGGGGGAUUUGGUUGGCGCAGCUCUGACCUAUAUCGACCUGGCCAUUGGCCCAAGUGCCGAAGUGGCCUCUGCUGGUGCUGGUGGCUCGACGGCCUCGCAGUCUGUGCGCCGAAAAGACCGCCUGGACAUGAUAAAGAAAGCGCAGCAGUGCUUUGAACAGGCGCUGGAACGGGAACGAAGUCGCCGUGCGGACCGACGCUUUCGAGGUGAUCAUUUUCGACACCGAGAGGCUGACCUGCACGACUGUUUGUUUAAGACGCAGUUACAGGAACAGUUGAUGAAUUUAUGUGAGGAAUCUGGCGCCCAGGUAAUCAGGGCGCCAUCCGUCUUUGGAAACAGCUCGUCUGAGCUCCAGCAAGCGUGUGUCCUGUUGCUGGUACGCGGCGAUGACAUGGAGCAAGCGUUUGCCCGUGUUUAUCGCCUCAUUGAAUUGGGGAAGCUCGACGCGCACCAAGUUUACGAGGCCGCCUGCGCCGAGCUGGCUCGUUUGCACGAGGGGCGCAAGGCUCGGGGUUGCUUCGAGGCGGAGCGUGAAGGGAGUGAAGGGAGUGUAGUGGAAGUGUCGGUUCAGUUAAUCUCAUGUGGCCCUUGA